CAGAAGCCGAAAAAGUAAGGCAUUGCAAACUGACGGCGAAUUAAGCAACGUUCUACGAUGAACGGAUGUCGGCAACUUAGUAGAUUGAAUCCGCCGCCGAUGAUGUUAUCCCAAUAAAAAUGUUCCCACUUCUUAUUUCCCAUCGCUGACGUUCCUCAUGGCAUCCAAAGACAGUGCAUCCGUGUCUCGUCACAUUUCCGAAAUUGCCUCUGUCAUACUCGAAGAGAAAGCGAAAGGACCAUCCGAGUGGGAACGGAGACAAUGGGCGAAGGCCAACAGGCACUUGGUCUGCGCUACAUGUAAAGAGAACAAUGUAGAAUGCGAACCGAUGGAAACAAGGAUCCCUUGCAAUUCUUCUGUCUGCAAACAGUCUGAAAGAGCCUGCAGCAAGUUCAGAGAUGAACUAUACGACCGCAUUAUCAAAAGGGUGCCAACAUUGGACCGGGCGAUGUUCGACGAAGUAAUGUCUCCACAACGAACUUCCACAGAGUCUUCCGGGCUCUCCCUUAAGAUUCCAGCUCUAUGCCCGUCUAGUGCAUCCGUUUCUCCUACAAAAUGCGCGCAAAAUUCGACAUCAUCAGGCGAGACUUUGUCUACUUCUACCAAAUCCAGUGAAGCGCAUCCCAAUAGCGGAAUCCAGACGCCCAGUCAAAAGCUCAUGGAUAAAAGCCAAGAGAAUGAUGAACUCCAGAUCGAACUCAAAAGCCUGAAAGCAGAUUUGGACAAACAACGAGCGGAAAUUCAAUCGUUGAAGGUAGAAUUUGACGCAACUAAGACCGCCCUCGCAGCUGCUAAUGAACGAGCGGACCGGGAAACGAAUCUUCGAACGGACAUGAUCCGAAAUGUAGUGCCACAAGAGCAAAUUGACGCUUUGAAGAAGGAACUUGAUGAGUCCCGACAACGGUUAACAGACCAGCAACAGAUCCAGGGUCAGCUCAAGAAUAAGAUCCAAACUCUCCGAAGAGAGUUUUCAGAGCAUGAGCACACAACCAUAUCCGCAGAGAAACAUCGGUCCAAACCCUCCGCCGCCAAAUCGAAUCCGAACGCACUGCCCGGCUCCGGCUUGACCUUGGCGAGCUGUAUCAUACCAGAUCUGAACAGGUACACCUUACCAAAGCUAUGGAUGAUUACGAGGCACAACCGGAGUCUUCAGUGUGCCACUUAGUGUCGGCUGUGCGGCUGCAUCUCAAAGAGCUCGAUGAGACAGUAAAGAGGAAAAGAAAGACUAUUCCUCUGAGCUACGACAGGGUGAUGGAGGUUAUGAAUGGAGGAAGUGGGGUUAAACUGGAGGAGAAGGAGGA